AAUAUUCAUUCUUAAAACUCACUAAAUCUCUCAGGAUUCCGUCAGAAACCUUUCUUUCUUUCUUUUCGAAUUUCCACCCUCUUUAUUUGCCCGAAUGGCUACUACAGUUACCUGCAGGGCGAUAUUCUGUGAGUUGAAACCAGAGAAACUAGCGAUUCAGAAGCUGAAAUCGGCUAAUUUAUCGUCGAAUGAUGAUGUGAAGGUUUUGCUACAGCCAAGAGUUUGUACUCUAAGGUCAUAUGGUUCAGAACGAGCUGGACUGGUCAGAACAGCAACACAACCGCGUAGAGUGGUCGUUGAUAACGGUGAUUACGCUGAAAUUGAUGAAUACGAUGGAGGGUCACCGUUUUUCCCAAGUUUAUCGGAGUAUAUCGAGAGUUCGAGAAAGAGUCGGGAUAUUGAAAUGAUCUUUGGUCGUGUCUCGAUGGUUGUUUUUGCUACAACAUUGGCAGUGGAAUCUAUCACGGGGAACUCGCUAUUCCAAAAGAUGGACUUACAGGAGAUCACAGAAACAGCCGGGGCUUGUUUGGCUGCCGUAGUAUUUUCUGCUGCUUUUGCAUAUCUAUCAAGUGCCCGAACCAAGGUGAAUCGAGUUUUCAAUGUCAAGUGUAACUCAUUCAUUGAUCUUUUCAUCGAUAAUCUAAUCGAAGGACUGUUUUUCGAAAGUGAACUUAGCGAUUGGGUGGACGAUCUUUAGAAACAUCCAUCCAUUACCGGAUUAACUAGAUAAUAUUAAUUACUAAGGAUUAUAUUUGUGAUACAAUGUAAAGAUUAGUACUUCAAGAAAGAAAUUAAGUAGUGUAUAGAUUAGCGAGUAUAUGUCAUGUUUGGAUACCAUGGAAGAAGUGUGUCAUGUUUCAUACAGGGCAGUAACGGAUGCCGCUGGUAGGUCUCCUUUUUGUAAGAUGUUCUCAAGGAUAUGAUAAUGAAAGAUUUGUGUAAUUUCAAGAAAAUCUAAA